AUAGAGAAAAAGUCAGAGUCGCCCGGAAUGUGGGAUUGGGCAUGCGGCGAUCGGCAUAUGCUGGUAGUUGUCUUGUAGCGGAAAGAUAACGGAGUCGAUCGUCUUUUCUGUUUCCCUCUCCCGCCGUAACCAAACUGCAUAUUCCUCGCUCACAAAGCGUAGUCAAUCGGCUUCAGCUGCCGGGACGGCGGCGGAGCAAGUUAGUCUAGCCAUGGACGUGAUGAUUCAUUCUUCCAACUUUCUCCUCCCAAAUCCCGCCGCCGCUGCCGCCGCCGACAAUAUCAACGGCUUAACUUCACGACCAAGAAAGUACGCUCUCAUCAUCCUUAACCAGCGUCUCCCUGGAAUGACUCCCCUCUUGUGGAGCCACGCUCAACUUCGUGUAUGUGCGGACGGUGGCGCCAAUCGACUGUUCGAUGAAUUGCCUAAGUUCUUUCCGCAAGAUGACGCCGUUGCUGUCCGUAAGAAGUACAAGCCAGAUGUAAUAAAGGGAGACAUGGAUUCUGUCAGGACUGAGGUUGUAGAUUUUUAUUCAAACCUGGGUACUGCCAUAAUAGAUGCCUCUUAUGAUCAGGACACCACGGAUUUGCAUAAAUGUGUGAUCUACAUCCAUGGCUUAUCAGAUCCACAAAAGUCAAAUUUGUGCAUUCUUGUUGUUGGGGCACUUGGUGGGAGGUUUGACCAUGAGAUUGGAAACAUCAACGUACUAUAUCACUUCUCAAGCAUGCGUAUAAUUCUUCUGAAUGAUGAUUGCCUCAUCCAACUUCUUCCUGGGACUCAUCAUCAUGAGAUCCACAUUAAUCCCUCUAUUGAGGGCCCACAUUGUGGACUUGCUCCCUUUGGUAUGCCAUCUCAAAGUACGACGACAACUGGCCUGCAGUGGGAUCUGCGCAACACGGAGAUGAAAUUUGGUGGCUUAAUCAGCACGUCAAAUACUGCUAAAGGAGAGAUUGUAACUGUGUGUUCUGACAGCGACCUGAUUUGGACCAUAUCCAUAAAAAAGGCUUGAAAAUUCUAGACUGCUAGAUGAUGUCUGAUCUCCAUGUAUCAGGAAUUUUUCUGAGCAACUAGUACAUGAACCUGUUUUCUAUUUUUACAGAAGAAACUUGUAUAUCAAGUACAGAAGAUAUUCUACCUCAAGUGCAUUCACCCAGUUCUCAGUUGUACUUCGUACUUAGAUAUUGGAUGUAGUUGUGACACUUAAUGUUAUUGUUUGAGACAAUUUAAGUAUGUUAUAUUGUGGUAGACCAAACUUUUGACUUGCUCUGAGCAAGUACAUUUUAUAGCUGACUUGUUAUAUCACAGUGUGGUAAAUUAUAGAA